AGAAACAAAGCAAAGAAAUAAGGCAUUAAAAAAAGGAAAAGAGGAAAUUGUCACCUAUGUAAAAAUUAAUUUGCCGCCAAUCAGUGUAAUAUUUUCUUAUACAAAGAGAAAAGCAUUCAAUUCUUUAUUCCAAUCCUGGUUGAAGCAGAUUUUUUUUUCCUGGCUUUGUUUUGUUUUAUGUUGUGUUUUAAAAGGCUUUUCUAACACAGCUGAGCAUAAGAAACUUGACUCAAGGGGCAGUAACUGAGCUUCCCAUUGGAUUAUUGUGUGAGGUCCCCUUUAGUUCCCCCCCACACACAGUGGGUAAUGUGUGUUCAUUGUGAGUUAUCAGGAGUCGGUUUCUUUUACAACCUUGGUCUAUAUAAUGUGCAGCUAGCUCUGGGGCUGGAGAUUUGGGGGAGCAUCUGGAAGGCAACAGACAGUCUGGAGAGAAUGAAACAGUGGGGAACAUGAGCAACCGUACGUGUCAUUGACACCCCCGUGGUAUGAGGCCCAUUCUUUGUCUCUCAGUAUAGAUAAGGAAACAUGGUGGGGUGGGGUGGGGGAUGUUGUAUAUUAUAGAUCUCUCUUGGAAAUGUCUGCUAAUUCUAUAAGUGUUCCUUUGUUCUCCCCCUUAAUGUUUAACUUCUCACUCAUCUUCCUAACCUAGUAUGAUCAAACCUUGGGCCCCAGUAGGACCGUGAACAUUAGGCCAACGUGGUUUGGCUACUAGGCAAAGACUGGGUUCUGAGAAGCAAUGGUGAUGAGGGCCUUUGUCCUGUUGGCUGUUUUUGUGGAAGCUUCUGCAAGAUCAUGCACUCCAAAUAAAGCAGAUGUCAUUCUUGUGUUUUGUUAUCCCAAAACCAUCAUCACCAAAAUCCCUGAGUGUCCUUAUGGAUGGGAAGUGCAUCAGCUAGCACUAGGAGGGCUAUGUUACAAUGGUGUCCAUGAAGGAGGUUACUACCAAUUUGUAAUCCCAGAUUUGUCUCCUAAAAACAAGUCCUACUGUGGCACUCAGUCCGAGUACAAGCCCCCCAUUUACUACUUCUACAGCCACAUUGUGUCCAAUGACAGCACAGUGAUUGUCAAGAAUCAGCCAGUCAACUAUUCCUUUUCUUGCACCUACCACUCCACCUACUUGGUGAACCAGGCUGCCUUCGACCAGAGAGUGGCCACCGUUCAUGUGAAGAAUGGGAGCAUGGGCACAUUUGAAAGCCAAUUAUCUCUCAACUUCUAUACUAAUGCCAAGUUCUCCACAAAGAAAGAAGCACCUUUUGUCCUGGAGACAUCUGAAAUUGGUUCAGACCUGUUUGCAGGAGUAGAAGCCAAAGGGUUAAGCAUUAGGUUUAAGGUGGUUUUGAACAGCUGUUGGGCCACACCCUCGGCUGACUUCAUGUAUCCCUUGCAGUGGCAGCUGGUCAAUAAGGGAUGCCCCACAGAUGAAACAGUCCUUGUGCAUGAAAAUGGCAAGGAUCACAGAGCCACUUUUCAAUUCAAUGCUUUCCGGUUCCAGAAUAUUCCCAAGCUCUCUAAGGUCUGGCUUCACUGUGAGACAUUCAUCUGUGACAGUGAGAAACUCUCCUGCCCAGUGACAUGUGACAAACAGAAGCGGCUUCUGCGGGACCAGACCGGAGGCGUCCUGGUGGUGGAGCUCUCCCUGCCCAGCAGGGGAUUCUCCGGUCUCUAUAGCUUCUCAGAUGCUGUUUAUCACCUCAUCAUGAUGCUGGGGAUCUGUGCAGUGUUAUAGGACAGAGCCCAGCAAGCAACUCCUCACUCCUCCUUGUGGGAUGUCUCCUCUAGCAGUGACAAACCCUAAUUUACUGAGCUGCCCAGAAGAGCAAACAGAAGACCGCAUUGUUGGGGAGCAGAGACAAGUGCUUUGCCAAAUAUGUGUUCCAAUGAUUU